AUGCUUCCCAACAACAUACCCGGCCAAGAAGAUGGUCCCUCAGCCCCCGACAACUGGAAGAGAGCCGUUUACCGGCCAGCUCCAUCUCGCUUUACCGUUGAGAUGCUCCCUCCCGUCAAACUUGGCGGUAACUACAACUUUCAUAUGAGGAUAUGCCCCAUCACUCGGGGUGACCGCUCGUCUGUCUCCUCAAGAGGCUCCAACACAGAAUACGACAUUCUUCGUCGCUGGGAAGACUGCCUCAUUUUCCAAGACUCUCUCGAACGGGAAUACCGGCGUUUGGCUACCUCCAAACGCCAGCGCCUUGUCGCUGGCAAAGGCGUCCGCAAGAAUGGAAUGUAUCUCCACUCUGAUCGCGCCUCUUCAUGGGAGUCUCUCCCUCCAGGUCCUGAACCCGAUUCAGUGGCCCAAGACAUUCACGACCUCAUUCCCCGUCUGACCAAGAAGGGUACCAUGUUCCGAGCUAGCCAGGCUACCAUCGAUCAACGACAAGUCGAGCUGACUGCAAUGAUCACAGCGCUCUGGCAAGACAGUGUCCCGACCUUACUCGAGGACUUCCGCAAAGAGCGUAUCGUCACUGACUUCUUUGGAUUCUGGCGUCGCGACCAAGACAUCGAGAAGAAGAACCCGCUCAACAAGACACCUUCUCCUUCAGUGAAAGCUCCACGCAGCUCAGUCAGCAGCAGCGUAUUCUCCUCAUACUUUUCUUCGAGUGGCGAUUCACGCGAGUCCCUUUCUCGCAGGGCACGUGCUCAUUCAUCUGCUUCAUCCGACUCUUCCUCGUUACCUUCAACCAGUAGCGCUCGGAGCUCUAUUAGUGUCUCCAUUAAUGAUGAGCAACAACCCCUAGAAUUCGGCCAUAACCCGCAAUCUCACCAGUACACUGUCGACGACAAUCUCAAGGCUAUGCGUCUCAACCUCAUAGCAGCCGCAGCCAAGAAGCUUCGUGAGGGCGAAGCCAACUUAGAGCGACCUGAUUCACGGGCUACCAUUAACCGUGGCCCUCGCGAGUCCUGGAUGACGACAGCAUCCGGGAUGUCUUUCGUCGACGAUAUGGGCUUGACCUUGCCUGAAGAAGACGACGAAAACGACACGACUCGCUGGAGAAUGUCAAAUGCCAGUAUUGCAACCUUCCGCACUGAGGUGUCCUCUGAAGGUGUCAUUCCGCGAUACUACGUUCCCGAACACAAUCCGGCCAGAAUGUCAACUGCGACUUUCAUGACCGACGUUUCCGCCGAUGGCAUUUUACCUCGUGAUAAUUGGAGGGACUCAGUCUUGUCCGACACAGAUAGCGUUUUGGACUCCCACUUUUCUGAUGCAUUCCCGCGACCAUGCUCAUAUGUCCCGCCCCAACCUGCUCUUCGUAACGCCCCCUUUAGCCCGACAAAUUCUCUCCCUCUUCUCUCCCCCGGCAUUUCAAUUUGCACUACCUCCCCCGCAGCAUCACGCCUACAUACACAAUUCUCUGGCUUAUCUGUCAGCCCCCCGAGCCCUAAAAUGCCAGUCACUCCCGUAAAUGAGAAGUUCUAUCAACGGAGGGAUGCGCUUGCAAAAGCUCGUGCACCGUCUCCCAGUCCUUCCGUUAUCUCAACAGCGAUGUCAAUGCUUUCGGACACAACAAUUCGAUCGACAUUUUCCGACUCCACCGGGAGCACAGUUACACCCUCGCUCUAUUCAUUCCAUUCUGCCCGGUCACAUUUGUCGACAACAACCGCUGCAUCCCUGCCGCCCCUUGUCAUCAAAGCAGCCCACAACAACUCAAUAAUCUUACUACGAGUUGAUGAUGACUUGAGCCUGGGUGAACUGCGAGGACGGUUACAAAACAAGUUCCUUGGGCAGGAAGGCGUCCAGCUAUCCGACAACUUCUCGCUGGCGUACAUGAUCCCCGCCUCGCCAACAAAAGCACGAAGCUUUUUUUGGUGGCCGCAGUCGGGCGAACUCGCUUUCUGCGGGAACGCUGACUGA